UAAAAACCUUGGUGUUCAUAAAGUGGAUAGAGAAAACGUCAACAUUCCUUGUUGCUAGCAGACUCAUUAUUACAGGACAGUAAUGGAAGUGGGCCCUAAACAACAGAGGGUAAGUAAGUCUUAGUUUUCGAUUUGAGAUUCAGCUACGCUUUGCAAAGACGGCAAAUGGCAAAGGUGGGGGCUGUUAUGUUCUCGAUUUUCAGUAAACGAAAUGUCGGUCGGAUGGGCUGCAGACUCUUGAGUUCUGACAACCGCACAGAAGCCCUUAUUCAUGAAUUCAACAAGGAGCUGGAAUUUGUGUUUGGUCAGCCUCCAUCUGCUUUCAACUCUGAUUCUCAAAGCCAUGGAAAUAUAGCAGUGGAAGAGGAAUCCAGUUCAAGACAAUUGAAUGAAAAGAGUCCUGUUCUCUCUCAUGUUGAUGCCCAUGGCAAGGCCAAUAUGGUGGAUGUCUCGGACAAGCCAGAUACCAAGAGGAUGGCCAUUGCCAGUUGCAAAGUUCUACUCGGAGAGAAAGCAUUUCAGCUUGUGGUUUCCAAUCAGAUUUCAAAAGGGGAUGUUCUCAAUGUGGCGAAGAUUGCUGGAAUUUGCGGGGCAAAACAGACAAGUAAUCUGAUUCCUCUUUGCCAUAACAUAAUGCUAAGCAAAGUUCAUAUGGAUUUGAUUCUGAAUAGUGAAGAACAUGCUGUUGAGAUUAAAGGGGAGGUAACCUCAGUUGGCCAAACAGGUGUUGAAAUGGAAGCAAUGACUGCGGUUUCUCUGGCAGGAUUGACGGUAUAUGACAUGUGUAAAGGAGUUUCAAAGGAUAUCCAGAUUACUAAUGUUCAACUGCAAAUGAAGAUGGGAGGAAAAAGCAGCAGCUGGGUUAGAAAUCAAUAGAUACUGCACUGAGAGACUUUUUGCUGUGAUGGCAGAUGUGAUUUCACAUUUGAUACUUACAGCAAAUAGCCAACUAAAUUUGCCUGUGGUAGAAUAUCCAUUGAAAAUACUUGAAAUAAAUUUAUUUUUAGCAUCUAUCAUAUUCCAAAGAAACAUGCCCAUGUUUCCAUGUAUUUCUAACGGGAAGGUUUCAAGUUUCAACUGAGUAGCAGUGGUCAUGUUCCAAUAUGAAAAAAAGUUACUGAUGGUGGAUCAAGCAGUAUCCUUUACUCAGAAAUAGUCCUUCCAUUAACAGACCUAAUUUUGUAAAUUUGCAUGUGACACUGCCAAUUUACAAAAUUCAUGGAGGAAGUAACUUGGAAAUCUGUAAUUCGUUUAUUCUGAUUUCCUCCAAUCUGGUUUUUUUCAUAGCGAAAUUUUUUUUCUUGAGA